AUGGGCCAAGUGAUGAUGAGCAAGACGACGAUGAUUUUACGGCAUGAACUUAGAGUGUCGGAUGAUCUCGAUGUCAUGGUGCGGCUCUUACUUGAUACUCCAUGGUCCGAGUCAGUUGUGAAGCUACGAGCGAAAUUUUUGGACAUAGAUACGGAUGGAAGAGUUAUGGCAGAACAUUUCGCGCACGGGGUUUACUCGUAUGUACGGUCGCUGUUCAAGGACUUGUUCAUGUACGACAGCAGUGUUCAGUACGAUACAUCUCCGCAUGUAAGCUCUCCUUCAAGACCGAGACCAAGACGAUCGAGAGGGGUCGACGAGCACCUUCGCCAGAGAUCCAGAUCGAGAAUCAGGUCACCAAGUCCCUGCGGCCACGACGAUGCGCCGUCAUCACUUCGAGAUGCAAGACGGUCCGAAGAUGACAUCUCGCCUGUCCGGUUGAUAUCUUGGUCACCUUCGAGGCAUCAUUAUCCCAGUGCGAGCAGUGCGUCAUCUCCUUCAGUGACGCGAGUGACUAUACCCGAUGAAAUAGACAUACCGGCCUCGACUACCAAUCCCAUUGAACGGCCCUGUCUUCCAGAGGUGAAGAGUAAAUCCAGAGUUACUGACGAACCUCAUGGUGCUACCCCGAGCGAUGUUGGACUUCAAUCCGACGUGAAAGAAAAGUCCAGAGUGGAUACGUCUCGUUUCUCUCCUGCAUCCUCUAACUCCACAAGCAACUCGUUCGUACCACCCUUGGACUCCUUACGUGUUCAUCUGGAUGUGACUUCAGCGUCAUCGUCGUCCAGUCCGAAUUUUCUCUCCCAAUUGUCGAGAGGUGAGAGUAGGAAGAGUUCUGCUGAUGCAUGGGGCUCUCAAUCUUCGCUUGAUGCAAUGUCAGACUGGGAUCAUAAGACACCGUCACCAGCGUAAAAGACGGAAAUCGUGCUCACGCAGGGUCGAAUGCGUUUAUUGGGGAUGCUGCUGGAAGAGGGGAGGCGCGUCUCUCGCCCUGUUGAUGAUGUUGAUCGGAGGUUGACGAUGACGACGGUUGGU